CGCCAUCCUCGCACAAAUCCACACCCCGCCAUGUCCGACGUCAAGCAGUUCACUUACGACGAGCUCAACGAGCACAAGACUCGCGACUCGCUCUGGCUCACCAUCCACAAGAAGGUGUACGAUGUUACCGCGUUCUUGGAUGAGCACCCGGGCGGUGACGAGGUCCUGCUCGAGGAGGCCGGGCGUGACGGCACCGAGGCGUUCGAGGACGUCGGACACUCGGACGAGGCUCGCGACAUGCUCCUCAAGAUGUACCUCGGCGAGCUGAAGGCUUCGGAGUUUGCCAAGAACACCACCACCGCCGCCAACGGCUCCGCUCAGUCUGGCGCCCCCGCUCCCAGCCCUGUCCGCUUCCUCAUGCCCGUCAUGGUCCUCAUCGCGUGGUGGGUGUACCGCCAGUACUUUGCGUGAGCUAUAGAUAUGUUGUCAUGAUGUAUUGCGUGGGUGUAAUG